AUGCGGUCGCUUCUCUUCAGCUGGAGUCACGUGGAGGUUUCGAGACGAGGCGAGGCAGGGAGGAGAGGGCGUGGCGGGGAAGGGGAGGGGGAGCGAGGAGGCGCAGGAGGAAGGGGAGAUAGAGAAAGGGGGCGGGAAAGGCAGAGAGAAAGGGGUGGAGAGAGCGGUGGAGGCACAGGGGGGGGAAGGGGAGGCAGUGGGGGAGGCGUGGGCGGAGGGGGAGGCAGCGGAGGGAGCAGGGGGACGGCGCAAGCAGCAGGCGCAAGCGCAGCACCACCGGCGCAAGCAGCGGCAGGAGAAUCCGCAGCGACCUCGAGUGUGCAGAGGCGUGCAGAGCGGUUGAAGGAGCAGGGGAACGAGCAGUACAGCGCGGGGAACAUCGCAGCCGCUAUCACAUGCUAUACCGAGAGGCGUGCAGAGCGGUUCAAAGAGCAGGGGAACGAGCAGUACAGCGCGGGGAACAUGGCCGCCGCUAUUGCGUUCUACACUGAGGUACGGUACAGGGGCCUCCUCCUGCCCUCCGUCCCUUGGUUGAAGCAGCAGGGGAACGAGCAGCACAGCGCAGGGAACAUGACCGCUGCCAUCACGUGCUACAGCGAGGAGCAGGGGAACGAGCAGUACAGCGCAGGGAACAUCGCAGCCUCUAUGACGUGCUACACUGAGGCCAUUCGCCUGUGUCCAUCUGUUGCCACCUUCUGGACCAACCGGGCUCUGCCAUUCGCCUGUGUCCCUCCGUUGCCACCUUCUGGACCAACCGUGCUCUGUGCCACAGGAAGCGAGGUGUCCUACCAUCCCCCCGCUCUUCCUCCCGCUCUUCCCCCCGCUCUCCCCCCCGCUCUUCCCCCCGCUCUUCCUCCCGCUCUUCCCCCCGCUCUCCCCCCCGCUCUCCCCCCCGCUCUUCCCCCCGCUCUCCCCCCCGCUCUUCCCCCCGCUCUUCCUCCCGCUCUUCCCCCCGCUCUCCCCCCCGCUCUCCCCCCCCGCUCUUCCCCCCGCUCUCCCUCCCGCUCUUCCCCCGCUCUCCCUCCCGCUCUUCCCCUUGCUCUUCCCCUUGCUCUUCCCCUUGCUCUUCCCCUUGCUCUUCCCCUUGCUCUUCCCCUUGCUCUUCCCCUUGCUCUUCCCCUUGCUCUUCCCCUUGCUCUUCCCCUUGCUCUUCCCCUUGCUCUUCCCCUUGCUCUUCCCCUUGCUCUUCCCCUUGCUCUUCCCCUUGCUCUUCCCCUUGCUCUUCCCCUUGCUCUUCCCCUUGCUCUUCCCCUUGCUCUUCCCCCCGGUCUUCCCCCUCCAUGCCACCAUCCACCCUUCCCCCCCCCCCCCAGCGACUGGCUGCUGGUGGAGCACGACUGUGUGAGAGCGAUCGAAUAUGACAAAAAGUCUGUCAAGGCCGUGGAGAUCAUUCGGGACGACGAGGUGCUGGGCAGCAGCAGAGGGAACCUGAACGACGUGUGGAAUGCCAUGGCCACUGCCAGUCGACUUUCUAAUCCGCCUCUGGACCUUGCUUUCUCGGCUCUUCCUCACUUCUCUUCCUCACUUCUCUUCCUCACUUCUCUUCCUCACUUCUCUUCCUCACUUCUCUUCCUCACUUCUCUUCCUCACUUCUCUUCCUCACUUCUCUUCCUCACUUCUCUUCCUCACUUCUCUUCCUCACUCCUCUUCCUCACUUCUCUUCCUCACUUCUCUUCCUCACUUCUCUUCCUCACUUCUCUUCCUCACUUCUCUUCCUCACUUCUCUUCCUCACUUCUCUUCCUCACUUCUCUUCCUCACUUCUCUUCCUCACUUCUCUUCCUCACUUCUCUUCCUCACUCCUCUUCCUCACUCCUCUUCCUCACUUCUCUUCCUCACUUCUCUUCCUCACUUCUCUUCCUCACUUCUCUUCCUCACUUCUCUUCCUCACUUCUCUUCCUCACUUCUCUUCCUCACUUCUCUUCCUCACUUCUCUUCCUCACUUCUCUUCCUCACUUCUCUUCCUCACUUCUCUUCCUCACUUCUCUUCCUCACUUCUCUUCCUCACUUCUCUUCCUCACUUCUCUUCCUCACUUCUCUUCCUCACUUCUCUUCCUCACUUCUCUUCCUCACUUCUCUUCCUCACUUCUCUUCCUCACUUCCUCUUCCUCACUUCUCUUCCUCACUUCUCUUCCUCACUUCUCUUCCUCACUUCUCUUCCUCACUUCUCUUCCUCACUUCUCUUCCUCACUUCUCUUCCUCACUUCUCUUCCUCACUUCUCUUCCUCACUUCUCUUCCUCACUUCUCUUCCUCACUUCUCUUCCUCACUUCUCUUCCUCACUUCUCUUCCUCACUUCUCUUCCUCACUUCUCUUCCUCACUUCUCUUCCUCACUUCUCUUCCUCACUUCUCUUCCUCACUUCUCUUCCUCACUUCUCUUCCUCACUUCUCUUCCUCACUUCUCUUCCUCACUUCUCUUCCUCACUUCUCUUCCUCACUUCUCUUCCUCACUUCUCUUCCUCACUUCUCUUCCUCACUUCUCUUCCUCACUUCUCUUCCUCACUUCUCUUCCUCACUUCUCUUCCUCACUUCUCUUCCUCACUUCUCUUCCUCACUUCUCUUCCUCCAUCAUUCCCCUCCCUCCUGUCUCCUCCAUCAUUCCCCUCCCUCCUGUCUCCUCCAUCAUUCCCCUCCCUCCUGUCUCCUCCAUCAUUCCCCUCCCUCCUGUCUCCUCCAUCAUUCCCCUCCCUCCUGUCUCCUCCAUCAUUCCCCUCCCUCCUGUCUCCUCCAUCAUUCCCCUCCCUCCUGUCUCCUCCAUCAUUCCCCUCCCUCCUGUCUCCUCCAUCAUUCCCCUCCCUCCUGUCUCCUCCAUCAUUCCCCUCCUCACAACUGCAAGGUACCGGCAGUGGGAGGUGGAAACGUCGAUGCGAAAGAGGAAGCAGCAGCAGCUGAGGGCUUUCCUGGGGGAGCUGAUGAAGGAGCAGUUGCAGGCAGACUUGGCUGCAAUCACAGCUGAGCGCUCCUCAAACCCUGGAGGCACAACUGAGGCACAACUGAGGCAGGCCUUCUGUCCACCACUGUGGGCCGUGCUCCUCUCUCAAUCCUUCUCCUCCCUUUCCUCCCUCCGUCUCCCUCGUUCUCCCUCUUUCUCCCUCUUUCUCCCUCGUUCUCCCUCUUCCUCCCUCUUUCUCCCUCUUUCUCCCUCGUUCUCCCUCUUCCUCCCUCUUUCUCCCUCUUUCUUCCUCCCUCUUUCUCCCUCUUUCUUCCUCUCUCUUCUUCUCUGCCCUCUCCCUCUCCCUUUCCCUCUCCCCCUCUCCCUCUCUCGAACCCCCAGGUUUCAAACCCCUUCCAAUCCAGCAGGGCGCCCUUCAAACCCUCGAGGCGCUACUGAAGGAGGGUCCCUCCUCUUCCUCUUCCUUUUGAGGCGCCUCAAUGAUAGACUCUCACCCUCUCUCCCUGUCGCCCUCCCCCAGACCACCAGUGCCUCCUCUACAGCAGCAGCAGCAGCAGCAGCAGCAGCAGCAGCAGCAACAGCAGUAGCACCGUCUGCUACCUCUUCAGCAGCAGCAGAAGUAGGUAGGGAGUGUGAUUCAGUGGGUGGGAGAGCAGCAGAUGCAGCGUCAGCAGCAUCUGAUCCGGCAAGAGUAGAAACAGAAGCAGCAGCAGCAGCAGCAGCAGCAGUCGAAGCAGGGGAAACAGCAUUGGUUGAGAGAGGAGGAGGCGCAGCAACAACAGCAGCAGCAGCAGCAGCAGCAGGAGCAAUCCCAGCCAUAGCAAUACCGGGUGAAGGGAUGGACAGUUGUGAAAAUGUAGCGGCAAAUGCUGAGAGGACAAUAACAGCAGAAGUUGUAAGGGCAAUUCCAGCAGCAGGGCAGCUAAGGCCUGCAGAGCGGAGUGACUAUAACGAGGACGGAGUGGACCGGCAUUGCAGGAGUGACUACAUCGAAGGGGAUUGUACAGAAACCAGGUGUAUUCAAGAAGGGAGGUGUGAUUGUGAUCAAGGUGAUUCUGGUUCUGGAUUGACUCAGGGACGGUGUGACUACAACGAAGGUCAGGCCAGAGAGGCCAGCCUCCUGUCUAUAGAGGAUGCCACGUCAGCAGAUUGUGCCACGUCAGCAGGACCUGCAGCUGGGGAUGCAGCAGAGGGUGCAACAGCAGUGGAAGAGGCGGCCUCUCUGCUGCUCCAAUCAUACAUUGAGAAAGCAGAGGCAUUGAGCAACGUGUUCCGACUGGCACAGGCAGAAGACACUCCGGGCGAGCUACCAGAGCACCUGUCGUGUCGCAUCAUGCUCGACAUUCUCCGCGAUCCAGUGAUAACACCGAGCGGAGUGACGUACGAGAGAUCGGCAAUAGAGGAGCAUCUCAAAGCGGGCAACUCGUUUGAUCCACCGCUUCCCUUCCCCGCCAUGUCGGCCGCCCCGAAACUCGGCGAAGUGACGCCGACUUCGCAGGACUUCCCUCUGUAUCUCGACCUGGGCAGUGGACUCACUGCCAAGCUCGACGAACACGACUACGCCGUCCUCGUAGACCAUAGGCUAGAGUUCAACGCCCGUUGCUUGGGAUUCGGCCUCAAGUACGCAUGGAUUCGCGCAGCGCCGCCCAACAUGCGAUUGUGGUCGAUAGGACUCGGCCGGCUUCGGGCGGCGAUGGGCAAGGAAGACCACUCAUGCUUUGCAACGGUGUUCGACGCCGACGUAGCUGUUAUCCCUCUGCAUUCGAGGUUUUUCCGGGCGGCGGUGCUGGCCGAGCUCGGCCGCGAUGGCCGGCACUGGGAGUGGCCGAAGCCUUCUGCUGAAGAGGUGGCGGCCAGGCUCGCCGACUUCAAUGAACCCGUUCGAGAUAAAAUGCGCGACACCGUCCGGGACAGCGACGCAGGCUCUGGCCUCCUAUCAAUGAGCGCGCUGUGCUGGGUGGUGAAGAGGAUGGAUCGCCUGACCGGCGACGACCGUCGCAGUGCGACCAGCAUGGACAAGGUCCUCGUUUCGGGGUUGAAGGAGCAGCGGAUUCGGAUGAUGACAUACAUCAAGGAACACGUCGCACGCAGACGGUCAGGCCAUGUCGGAGUUGGUGCCGAUGCCUGUGACGACGACGCCGCGGAGCCCCCUUCGGCAUCCCAAGCAGUCGGUGUCGCCGACACCAGCGGAGAGGCCGGAGACGGCGUCGACAAGGCAGAUGAGGAGGCAGAAAGGGCUGUGGCGAGGACCGCGGAUCAGGAAAAGGAGGAGGAGGAGGAUGACACCGACGAUCAGGAUGAUAACGAGGAGGAUCAUGAGGAGCGUGAGCAGGGGCAUGGGCAGGAGGAGGAGGAGGAGGAGGAGGAGGAGGAGGAGGAGGAGGAGGAGGAGGAUGAGGAGGAGGAGGAGGAGGAGGAGGAGGAGGAGGAGGAGGAGGAGGAGGAUGAGGAGGAGGAGGAGGACAAGGAGGCGGCGGCGGCGGAGGCCGUGGAGCAGGGUUUCGGGUCGGUGGAGCAUGUGGCGGAGGGGGAGAAGCAGCAAGAGGGGGAGGAGGAGGUAGAGUUCCCCUGGGUCGAAUUCGAGAUGGAGGAUGUUGAGGGAGCGGCGGCGGUGGCCGUGGAGGGAGCGGCGGCGGCCGUGGAGGGAACGGGUGGGAUGUCGGCGGAUGUUGUGUACGUGCGAGGGGAGGGUGCCGAUGCGGAGAAUGUCGGCGUGGAGGAGGCGCACGUGGUCGGCAAUGUGGUUGGCGACGCGAAGGAGGAGGAUAACGUCGCGGCCCCGACGCCGACGGGUGUGGAGACCACCACAGGGAACGCAGGGGUGGAACGCCGGGGUGGAGCGGUAGAGGCGGGCCGUCAACCGGGUUCCUCAGCAGCUGGUCGGCAGGCAACGCCGGCCGUCGUCGCGCAGCUGCGACAGGAGAACAUGUGGCUGAGGGCAGAAAAUGCUCGUCUCGAGACGGCGCUCGGAGUGGAGAGGGGUCGGGUGGACAGGUUCGCGAUGGGGAUUGGCCACCUCGUGGACAAGCUCAGGUCGUUGGCCGACCAGGUCGCCGCCUCCGACCAGGACGCGUCGAGUCAGCUGAUGGACGCGUCCUUGACCAUGGCGACGACCGUGACGGAGAACAUCACCGCCAACAUGGGUGAAGCAUGGGAUGCGAUGAAGGCGUACGCCGAGAGGGCGGAGAGCUGGUUGGACGAUCUAGAGAAUCCGGAGGGGUUUAUGGCGGUGCAACGUGCGAACGCGGUCGUCGCCCUGGGCAACCACGUGGACGAAGCGAGGAAGGGAUUGGAGGAAUACAUAUCGAAGCACCUAGUCGCCGCGCAGACCAACAUCGCCGCCGCGGUAACUCAACGCAUCGCCGUCCCGCCGCCCACGCAGCCCGCCCCACCGCCAGCCUUCCCGGACGAGCUCAUGAAGUCUUUCAAGGCGGACGUGUUGAAGGCGGUGACUGAGGCCACCCAGCAGUCGUUUGCUGCGUCCGGGUUAAACCUCAUGACCCAGGUGAUCGGCCAUCUGGCGCCUGGUCGGCAUGGGUCGUCGCCGUCGGACAACGAGGCCGACAAGAAGGGUGCGAAAAGGGCGGGCGGCGGAGAUGAUGCGUUGAGCUCGAAGCGGAGCAAGGGAGCCGAUGGGAGCCGCGGCGUCGGCCAGGCGGGUCCAGGCGGCUCGCGGGGCAAGGGAGCCGAUGGGAGCGGAGGUACGAGCGUGGUCGACCAGCUGAAGAAGAACGGGGCCAAGGUGAUAAGGACGCACAGCAAGGGCGAUGGAAUCAGGAGUGCGGAGGGGGGCCCUGCCGACCAGGUUGCCGCUCAAGAGGCUGGACCAACAGCCCCGCCAUUGGUCGCCGAGAAGCCGGCCAGUCUAGCGACCGCACCAACGGCGAUAGAUGGCGGCGCCAAAACCGUCAAGGGACCGUCCGUCGGAGUGGCGGGGACCACGUCGAUCCCCCGCAAACCCCCUGCGGCUAGCAGCGCGCCGGUCGCCCCGUCAGCCGCCAACAACGAUGGGCUGUCCCUUGCGGCUACUCCAGCACCAGCAGGCACGUCUGCCGCCAGGGUUAACGCGGUGGAUGCUGCGGCUAACCGCGCUGGUCCGUCCGCCCCAAAGGCGAACGCGCUCAGGGAGAUGCUCUGCCGCAUGGAGACCCAUCGACAAGACGUGCAGCAGCCUCCCGUGGUCGGUACCGCGCCGGCCACAACAGCACGUCGCUCGGUCACUCCCCAGGUCGCCGCCACAACGUCCAGUGCCCCACCUACCGCGCCUAUCAUCGCCGCCCGUCCUCCGGUGGACCCAAAGUCCGCGUUGCUUCGCGCCCGGUUAGGCGCACGUACUGCGGCUGCGCCAGCACGGGCUCAGCCGGUAUCCAGCUUAUGCGCGACGCCGACGUCGGUGACCGUAGCUGCACACACACUCGGUGCGGCUACUGUCGAGGCGGUGGCGGAGAAGGGCGUGAGUGCAGCGCUAGCCACGGACGGCAGAUCAGUUGACCCUGCACAGGCGGCGAAGGACCACAACGACGCCGAUAUCGCUGCCAUCCAGGACCUGUUGGAAGCGGUAAACCGCCCCAAGCAGCCCCCUGUGCUGGCCAUCUUGGACUCGGCGAGUCCCACCGGUUGUACAGCGGAGCCAAAGACGACCACUGCUGCGGUCGGCGCGGGAAAGUCGAAACGGAAGGGGACGGUCGACGCAGGGAAAGCGAGGCCGAGCUCGAAGAAGAAAACACGGGCGACGUCGGCGAUGGUGAAGUCGGUGGAGAAAGGACAGGGGAUGGCGACGGCGAUGGUGGAGAAGGAGGAGGAGGAGAUCGAGGAGAAGAAGGAGAAGGAGGAGAAGGAGAAGGAGAAGGAGGAGGAGAAGGAGAAGGAGAAGGAGAAGGAGAAGGAGGAGGAGAAGGUGGAGGAGGCGGAGGUGGGGGAGGAGGAGAAGGAGAAGGAGGAGGAGAAGGAGGAGGAGGAGAAGGAGGAGGAGGAGAAGAAGCUGGAGGAGGAGGAGGCGGCGACGGAGGAGGAGAAGGUGAAGGUGAAAGAACGGAAGGGUCAUGGCAUCCGCCACGACACCACGGGCGACAAGCAAGGGUGGGUGGGCGAGAUUAAGGUGGUCGGGAACGAGAGCAGAUACAUCGGCAAGUCCCGCGACAAGAUGGAGCUGGCGUACCUUCACUCGAUUGUGUACCUCCUGUACGACGGUUACGUCAGCAAGAUCCUCAUGGCCGAGCUCACCGGCUUGGAGGAAACAGUGAUGAAGCAGUGGAGGGCGGUGUGGAAGGAAGUCCGGUUCUUGCCGACUGGGAUGUGGACGGAAGGGAAGGAGAAGUCGGAUGCAAUGAUGUCGGCCAUGAUUGAUCGCGUGUCCAUGUGCGCGGCGUAUGGGAUGGUCGCUGCAUCCGCGGCGAGAAUGGAGGGCGACACGGAUCAGAAGACGGCGAAGGUCGCACAGGCGCUGUCGGCCUCCGCUUGCGCCCUGUGGUGCUUAGUCGAUGGCGACGGCGCCCAGGUGGCUGAUGCCGUCCGCGAAGGGAAGGCGGCGGCGAUGUUGGUCGGCGCCAGCGAGACUACCGCCGCCGAGUUCAAGAAGGUCAUGACGGUGGUGCUGGAGGCCGCGAUCAGCAGGCAGCAACCCCUUGGGGAGGUUGCGCACAACGUCGCACCGGCGCUGGAGUCCACCGCUCUGGCCAAAGCCUAUCCGGGGUUGGAUGUUGAAGCCGAGGCCAAACUGAUCGCACGAGCGACGGUGGAAACCCUCGCGUUCUGGGGAAUGUGCCCCGUGGAUGGGCCGAAACUCAGGAAGAUCGGCAUCGCGGUGCCGCUUGACGUGCAGAUGGAGUACGACAUCGAACACAGGGGGAGGAAGAGGCCGAGGGGCAAGCAGGGCAAGGACAGCUCGGGGAAGAAGGGGAAGAAGGGCAGAGCGGGCAAGGACAGCACGGCGGCGUAG